AUGUUUCGGACAGUUCAUUCUGUUGUAAACGUUAUUUUUCAUCACAAUAUAUUGUUAUCUCAUCGUCGAUGUUUAGCUAAUCUGACUUCUGCUAAAUUAGUUCAAGAUACAACGUCAGCAUCCAAAGAUAAUAAUGAAUGGCUAUGGGAUUAUUUGCGACAUCGGCAAAAAUUUCAAUCAUUAAAUGAUGAACAAAAACGCCAAGUUAUUACACUUGAAAUGCAGACAUUGCGUGAAGGCGGUGAACGUAUUCCUGAUCAUAUUCCAGAAGAAUAUUGGCCUGAACUAAUCUCAUCUCCACUAUUAAACAAUCGUCGAUCGUUGUAUAAUUAUCUGUUUAUUCGUGAAGUAACCAAACGAAAACGAGCCGCGGAAAGGGCAACAGUUCAAGAGCGUCGUUCACAAGCGACGGUUCGUCAUGCUGAAUUAGCAGCUGCUGGUCUUCCAUUAACAAAUUAUCCAGGUUAUAAGUCUAUGUUUCGUCAACUAGCUGGCGGUCAUACCGAACGUUCGAUUCGGGAUAGUAAACUGAUAGUUCAAGCGCGUUUAGGUGAACAAGUGCUUAUCGAUUGCGGUUUUGAAGUUGAACAUGCACGCGCGAAAUACAUUACGAAAUUAGUUGAUCAAAUUGAAUUUUUCUUUGCCAAUAUACACGAAUAUCACUCUCCAUCGUUUAUAACUUUAUGUAAUUUUGCAAUUGAUGGACAAAUUCAACACGAGUUCGCUCGACGUCAUGCACAACGACGUAGUGUAGCAUGUUUCGAAACAACUGAAGCAAGUUAUUCAGAUCUAGUUGAUAGACAAAAAUUGAUUUAUCUCUCACCGCAUAGUCCAUAUGAAAUGUCAGAAUAUGAUCAUGAUGCUGUGUAUAUUAUUGGUGCUGUUGUUGAUACGAGUGUGGGUGGACGACCAUUGACAUUAGCCAAAGCAAAACGGGAUAAUAUUAAACAUCAAAGAUUACCAUUAGAGCGAUAUUUAAAAUUUGGCGGUAAUGCUUCGCGGACAUUGUCAUUAGAUAAAAUUUAUAAUAUCUUAAUGGCAUUGAAACAUGGCAAAUCAUGGGCAGAAGCUUUUGAAGCGAUUCCAGAUCGUCAAGUUGUCGAGCGGUUUACUCGACCACGGCUAGGUCGCAAAGAAUCCGAUCGAUGGGGUAAAUGGACAGGCAUUCGAACAGAAACAGUAUAA